AUUGACAGUAAAACUUGAUUCACUAAUGGGAGAUGCAAAGUGUCAUAGUUUACACACUUGUUAUUAAGCACUCCCAUGAUCCGACCGUGUUGUUUCUGUUGUUUUGCAGGAACAACACGACACACAUAGAUGUCCAGUGUUGACUGGGGCUGACUCGUGCCCCGUGUUAUUACACAGCAGUAUUUGGGGUGGCGCGCCUGUCGCCCGACGGUUCGCCGGUCGGAGGCUUCUGCAUCAGAGAUGGCAAGAGACCCGUAGCGGACUGUGGGGCCUGUCUGGUUGGGUACUUUACCGACAACAGUCACGUUGAGAGAGCCGCAGAGACACGCAGUGUGGGCAGGACGUGGGGCUCACGGAGGAACCAUGGGACACGGAGUAGGCUGAACCAGAGGGUCAAGCAGCACACACCAGUUGUUUCCCACUGUGGUGUAUGACAUGGCCACAGCCUCAUCCAGAGCAGAGUCUAGCCAUAACCACAGAGGAACAUCACAACUUCAUGCCAUUGUUUCCUGUGCCAAGAUCAAGAGGAAGAAGAGCCUGUUUGGGACUUCCAUUUAUGUGGAGGUGACAGCGGAGGGGGAGUCGCGCCGUACAGUAAAGUCCCACAGCUCCUCCAGUCCUAAAUGGGAUGAGAGGCUAACUCUGAAUGUAACACCGCACACACAGGUGGAUUUCAAAGUAUGGAGUCACAACACCUUGAAAGCAGAUGCUCUGCUGGGCAAAGCCACACUGGACCUAAUGAAAGCACUGGAGCAGCAUGACAGAAAAUUGGAGAAUGUGAAGGAGGUGCUGAAGCUGAGUGUGGAGCAGAAGGGAGCCAUCGUGCCUGCGGGGGAGCUGACUGUCUACCUAGAUGGACUGACCGUUACCGACCAGGAGGAACCAGCACAGCUUACCAACGGCAAUACUGCAAAUGGCACCAUCCAGCAGAAUGGUGAUGCCAUCCAUGAAAAUGGAGACUCAUCGUCCACUUCCUCAAGGGCUGCUAACAGCACGGUGAAUGGUACUGACUUGGACCCAAGGUCAGAUUCUUGUUCGGCCUCCAACGGUGUGGAUGCUCAGGUGCCUUCCACCUCCUGUAGCCCUGCCCUCGGUCACAUUCUCAAUGGAGACACCACACCCAACUCCACCCCAGUCCACCAGCCCUCAGACAGUGACACAGAAAGUAGGACCGUCAAUGGGGAGUCCUGUGACGUGGCUCUCGGGCCAUCAUCUGCUACAACGGGUGAUGUACUGUCUCAUGCAGACGACCACGAAGACUGCAGUCAAGAUGCUGUCCCGCCAGACUCUGUCACAGCACCAAACAGCACCUCUCAGCCUCAGCCACCCUCCGCACAGGCUCCAGCCCCCUCCUCUGCUGCUAAACCUCCUGAUAGCAAUGCUGUUGCUGCUUCCUCCACAGAAACCCCAUCAACCACGGGGGCCACCACCGCUACCACCACCACAGCCACCUCAUCAUCUUCCUCUCCCUCCCCAGCACUUGGAGAAGCAAAUGCUUCAGGAGCUGGUGGUGGUAGCCCUAGUAGCAGUGCCACCGAAACUACAGAUGGGGCCAAGCCCCAACAACAGACCCCCAAUGCUGGAGCUCCAGAUCCUCUACCACCAGGAUGGGAGCAGAGGAAAGACCCGCAUGGGAGAACGUACUAUGUAGACCACAACACCAGGACCACUACUUGGGAGAGACCACAGCCACUACCACCAGGCUGGGAGCGACGAGUGGAUGACCGGGGCCGAAUCUAUUAUGUGGACCACAACACCCGCACCACCACGUGGCAGCGUCCCACCAUGGAGUCAGUCCGCAACUUUGAGCAGUGGCAGAGCCAACGCAGCCAACUGCAGGGAGCUAUGCACCAGUUCAACCAGAGAUACCUCUACUCUGCAUCCAUGAUGUCUGCUGAGAAUGAUCCUCUUGGCCCGCUACCUCCUGGUUGGGAGAGACGUGUUGACUCGAAUGACCGAGUGUACUUUGUGAACCAUAGCACCAAGACAACGCAGUGGGAAGACCCCCGAACCCAAGGGCUACAGAACGAAGACCCCUUGCCUGAAGGUUGGGAGAUCCGAUACACAAGGGAAGGGGUGCGCUACUUUGUGGAUCACAACACCCGAACCACCACUUUCAGCGACCCACGCACUGGAAAGUCCUCCGUCACUAAAGGCCCUCAGAUCGCUUAUGAGCGCAGCUUCAGAUGGAAGCUUGCUCAUUUUCGCUACUUGUGCCAGUCCAAUGCUCUCCCAAGCCAUGUGAAGAUCACUGUCUCCAGACAGACGUUGUUCGAAGACUCUUUCCAGCAGAUCAUGGCGCUCAAGCCCUACGACUUGAGGAGGAGACUGUACGUCAUCUUCAGAGGCGAGGAGGGUCUCGACUAUGGUGGCUUAGCCCGAGAGUGGUUCUUCUUGUUGUCCCAUGAAGUGCUGAACCCCAUGUACUGUCUGUUUGAGUACGCCGGUAAGAGCAACUACUGUCUGCAGAUCAACCCAGCGUCAGCUAUCAACCCGGACCACCUCUCCUACUUCUGCUUCAUAGGCCGCUUCAUCGCAAUGGCACUUUUUCAUGGCAAGUUCAUCGACACAGGCUUCUCUCUGCCUUUCUACAAACGCAUGCUGAACAAGAAGCUCAUCCUCAAAGAUCUCGAGUCCAUUGACCCAGAGUUCUACAACUCACUCAUAUGGAUCAGGGACAACAACAUUGAAGAGUGUGGUCUGGAGAUGUACUUCUCAGUGGACAUGGAGAUCUUGGGAAAGAUCACCUCGCAUGACCUCAAACCUGACGGCUCCGACGUCCUCGUCACUGAGGAAAACAAGGAGGAGUAUAUCGGUCUGAUGGCAGAGUGGAGGUUCUCCCGUGGGGUCGAAGGUCAGACCAAAGCUUUCCUGGAUGGCUUCAAUGAGGUGGUUCCACUGCAGUGGCUCCAGUACUUUGAUGAAAAGGAACUGGAGGUGAUGCUGUGUGGCAUGCAGGAGGUGGACCUUCAAGACUGGCAGAGGAACACAGUGUAUCGUCACUACACCAGGAAUAGCAAACAGAUCAUCUGGUUCUGGCAGCUGGUGAAAGAAGUGGACAACGAAGUGCGCCUGCGGCUCAUGCAGUUUGUCACUGGAACCUGCAGGCUUCCUCUGGGCGGCUUCGCUGAACUCAUGGGAAGCAAUGGGCCCCAGAAGUUCUGCAUUGAGAAGGUGGGGAAGGACACGUGGCUUCCUCGGAGCCACACGUGUUUUAACCGUCUGGACUUGCCUCCCUACAAAAGCUUUGAACAGCUGAAAGAGAAGCUGCUCUUUGCCAUCGAGGAGACGGAAGGAUUUGGCCAAGAAUAGAGGGCGGAGUCCUCGUCUCUUUCUCUCCUUCCCCCUUUGCUGUUUAAUCAUUCAAGUAAAACAAACUAAAAAAACAUAAUUGCACAAGAAACCCACCAAUGUAUAUAAGCUAUUUUCUCAUUUAAAACCAAAUUUUAAUUUGCAGCAUUGAUUUUGCUGCGGUCCCUCAUAUAUUAUAUGAUAACCCAUCGUGAAAUAUGCAAGAAUUCAAGCAUUUUAUUUCCGCCUCUGAUUGAAAACAGAAGUCUUGGAUAUUUUUUAAUUUCCUCUCCACUGCUGACUGGCUUUUUAAAACGGACUGAACGCGUUUUUGAGAGGAUUUUAUUGUAGAAGCACAUUCUACUUCUAAAGCUCUAGUUCUAUAGAGCUUAAAAAAUGUAAGAGUAGUAUUGGGGUCUGGUGCCUGAAUUUCUUUAUUUCCCUGUUGGACCCAUAGUAAUUGUUAGUUGUUGUUUUUGUUUUGUUUUUGCGUGAUUGCAUGGCUGCCUGGGACGAUGACCAUCAUCACCACCACAGAUACAGACAUGUAGAAUGGAACGCUCUGUCUCUGAAUGAGCUUUUUUAGCUUCCUCAGCUGAAUGUGUUCAGGAUGGACUGAAGCAAAGGAGACUAACCCUCAGUGGUUGUGAACACUAUUGUCCUGUUCGGGAUCAAAACAUGAGUCGGGGGGGGAAAAGACUGCAGUGUAAAGCUCCUGCACAAAAGCUACUCUAUCAAAAAUGAAUAGGAAAAGGAAAAUCGUCUAAAUUAAAAUAUGAAAGUGUGUUUUUCUGCUGGUGUGUCUGUGUGUGGGGUCAGUGGAGCCUGUGGUUUGGAGGUUAAAGCUAGAGACACUGGACUUUUUCAAGGCCACCUAGACAGCAGCCUGCUGCUUCAGCUUUGCAAACAAUACACACAAUGAUAACAAGAAACGAGCCGAGAAUCAAUCAGAGGCUAAAAACUGAUUGAGUGCCUCAAUUGUUGAACACUUGGAGUCUGGAUGUGUCUCCAUUCUGUGGUUUACAGAGCACCAAACAUAGAAAUCACAUUUACUUUAACAUUUCCGCUGGAGGUAUCAUGCUAGAUGAUGUAUUUAACCAUUAAUAUAAAAGGAAACAUGAUUAUUUUGGGAUUAAGUCCAAAAAAAGGCCAUCUAUACAUUCAUUAGAAUGUUUUCCUUUCUCUACAUCUACAUGUGUACUGAAAGGAGCUUUAGUCCCCUUCUUGGAUGGGAACUCCUGGCAUGAUUACAAAAAUAAGUCCUUAUCAAGUCAGCUGAUGUCCUCGAUUGUCACUGUUUGUUUGAUUAACCAUUAAAGCGACACUAACGUGCCACAGACCAGACUGUGUGUGUGUGUGUGUGUGUGUGUGUGUGUGUGUGUGUGUGUGUGUGUGUGUGUGUGUGUGUGUGUGUGUGUGUGUGUGUGUGUGUGUGUGUGUGUGUGUGUGUGUGUGUGUGUGUGUGUGAGAGAGUGUGGAAUCAUUUCACAGUGGAAGCCUGAGGUCUGUCUGAAGCCUGAGGAUGCACUGCAUCAAUGUGCAUUGUGUGUUUUUUGUUCAUGCUCCGCCUUUAUACGGUGGCUGGGACGUCUCACACGAGGGAGCCGAAUGCAAAAGCCACAACACAACUGCAAAAGUGACAUUAUUCAUUCAGCCUGUUUCCUUGUCAACAUCCAUUGUCACUCACUUCUGAUUUUUUUCGAUGUGUAGCUUUUGUGGUUGUGUUGUGGGGUUUGCAUUCCUGUUUUCCUUUUAAUGUGCUUGUGUGAGACGUCUCGGCCACCAUACCUUUCUCUGCCUGAUCCUCUUUUCCACUAACGCUUCAGGGGACAUGCUUUUUUUUCUUUCUAAAUGUCAAGCCUGACUCCAUUGUUUCUAAAUGAGAACUCUGGUGUUUAUUCUUUCUGUCAGCGGUCUAAAACAAAACGAAAAAACGGGUUUGUCAGUGGCAGGCCAUUCUCCUUGUUUUCUACAGCAUCGUGUUUCUCCGGAUCACUGCGAUCAGCAGCAAGCUGCUUUAAUGCUUUUCUAGAAGGGGGCUUGUGAUUAAAGUCAAGUUAUCAGUCUUGUAUAUAACGUGAUGAUGAGCUGUCCCUGAGGAAGAGCAGCGAGGAGGACGAGGAGGGGACGCCUGUGUCAAGACAAACAUUUACUGUAGCAAAAGGAGCCGACUUUUAAAGAGAAUUCAAGCCGCAUAACUUUGUGCUUCCUUUUGAACAGAAACCUGUAAUCAAAGAAAAUCAACUGUAUGUGAAUAUUCAUUGUAUAAAGAUAAUGAAAGUAAAUAAAGUACUUAAAUAUUAUAAUUAAUUACACAGAGCCACCACUCCAUUGAUGGAAAUCUGCGAUGCCUUUGAUCUUAUCAGAAAUAGAUGGGACGUUUCAGGUCGCCUGAUCACAGCCAGGAAGUAGGCGUCACAUGACCUGGAGCGGUGCAGCUGUUUCAAGACGACUGUUUUAUCGGCCGAGUGUGGGACAGUGCAGCAGGUCACCUGAAACUCGUCCAGACUGUAACAUAUCGCGUGUAGAUACACACUGUAAACACCACCUACACUGUACAGAAUGCCCCUUUACUGGAGACGAUGUGUAUAGAAGAUUCAUUUUUAAUCUGCUUUCACCCAUUUGAAAUGAAGAGAGAUGGAUUUAUGAGAUACAAAUAAAUAAGUGAAUAAACUCCCCUCAGUGA